CUUAACAAAGAACGUUACUUGAAUAUUUCGUCAUAAAAUGAUAAAGGAGGAAGAUAAAGAUGAAUUCCUGUGCAGAAUCAUGGAAAAAAUCCAAAAUAGCCCGCAUUUUCUGGACAUGAAAGCGGAUUUGCAAAAAGAAGUUGCAAAACCUCACAUUCAUGUGACAGACAUGAAAGAGAGCAUUCAAAAUUACUUGAGAGACUCGGGAUGGGAGGUCAAGCUACAGAAUGCAGUCUACUUUCAGCUAAAGAGUUUACCAAUGUCCUCAGCACAAGGCAUUCCCCAGAACCAAGUAAAGGAACCAUUAGCAUUUAUUCGUAAGGCACAGAUGAACUGGGAGAAGAGGAUUGUUAAGAGUAUUAACAGCAUGUGCACGGAGCUAUCGCUUCCUCUGGCAAGAAAAAGGUCAGCAGCAGACCAGAGUGUCAUUUCAUCAAAGUUUGAAGUUUUAGGUGGUGAACUGGAUGAAAAACAAAUGGAAAAGAUCAAACCAGUCUAUGCUCCAAAGGACUUUUUUGAGGCCCUUAUCAGCAUUGAAAAUCCAAGCUUUACACCACUUCGCAAGACCCCAAGCUUAAUCAAAGGAUGGGGUUUAAUGAAGAUUCAACUGUAUACAAAAUCCCUUCAAGAUAUGAAAAUUCUUUUUAAAGAAUUGGACCCAGGAAAUUCUCACAGUGGGGUGGAUGAUGCCCUCCUUGAAAGCACCUCGUGUGAUUCAUUCGCAACUGAUUGGAAUAAGAUUGGAAGGAAAGUAAUUCAACAUGGAAGUGCUCCAAUUGCCAGACAGUAUGCCAAACAUGGCUGCCCCACGGGGCUGAGGAGGGAACUUUGGUGUCUUAUACUGGGUCUGGAGGUUGAUGAUGUGGACCUGUUAUAUUUUCAGCAGCUGAAGCAAUAUGUUAUUGAGUAUGAUAUGUUGGUGGACAGCCUCAUAACGAAGGACAUCAAGCUCACGUCAUCGAACGAUGAUGACUACUUUGUGUUUGAAGAUGUUCUGUGCCAAGCUCUACUUGUUUUCAGUCGAGAUACAUCCAUCCUAGAGCAUUUUGAACUUUCCAGUGCCACGCCCCCAAAAUCUUUCAUUCGAGGCAAACUUGGUGUUCAAGAUUAUGCUGUGUUUUAUCCCCCAAAUGGUAUCAUCCCCUUUCACGGCUUUUCUUUGUAUGCAUCUCCUUUGGGUUAUAUUUGUGCCGAAGCUCCACAACUUUACUUUCUCUUCCGACGAAUUUACACCAGAUACCUUUUUCGUCUUCACACUAUAUCCUCACACCCUCAGGGAAUUAUGUCGCUGUGUGUGUUAUUCGAAAAUCUUCUUCAAACUCACGAGCCCGCUCUGUUUUACCAUCUGAAAGAAGUUGGUGCGCACCCGCUCCAUCUAGUCUUUAACUGGUUAAUCUACGCAUUUGCUGGUUAUUUGGAGACGGAACAGCUGCUCCUUUUGUGGGACAGGAUAUUUGCUUAUGACUCAAUGGAGUUAUUAGCAGUUCUCGCAAUGGCAGUUUUGUCUUAUCGUCGCGCUAAUCUGUUGGAGGUCACCAACUUACAGGCAGCUCAGACGGUGCUGGCCGAUAUAUCCACGUUAAACUCAAUUGCUUUACUACAAUACGUGUUAUUUCUCAAGUAAUAACAUACUACCCCUCCUUGACAAUCAAGAGUGAGGACAAUACACUGAAGAAAGCCUGGAACCUAUGGAUGGUAAACCACUUGUUGUCCGUAGUGUACUGCUUCCUCAGAAUUGAACUAGUCGUUUCCCAACAACUGAGAACACCGCGCCCGUCGUUACUUUAAUGUUUGCAGGCAAACUAUUUCCACCGUCUCACUAGCUUCAAACCAUUUCCGGCCUGAAAUUUCCCAUCCGUCACAUCUCAUCUCUCAGUCUCGAGAGCGAGUUUAAUCAAACGUGAGAAAGUUGACAGAGAUUGAAUCUCCUUGUUUGAGAGAAGUUCUGCAAUCUUCUGUGCACCUGUAAAGGGCGUUAAAAGUACACGAGUGAACCACUUUGCACCAUCAUUCAAGUGCGACGUCUUGAACCGGUUCUACAUUCCCUUCUAGCUCACGACGACGACGCUUGUGUCCAUAGUAUGUUAUGAUACAGUGUAUAAAAGCAAGGAAAAUACUCAUUUCUCUUCGUAUAAGUUAUUAUUGAUAAUGCACAACAAAAGAACUCGAACUCGUUUGUAAAAGCACUCUUGAAAUUGUAAAAUACAGCCCGUUUGUAAAUUGAAUGUGUAUCUAUAUAAACGCAAAAUGAACUUUUCUAUUCGCGAUAUAAAUAGGCCUUUUGUUUGCCUCCAUCUAAUUACGACUUUUGAGACGAAAACUAUGGCUACUGAUGCCUACAUGAAUAAAAUAAAUUUAAAAUUA